AUGGGAGACAGUGAACCCGACUCGAUCGAAGCGACUCCUUCUUCUCCAUCCGCCAGCGGAGUUCCAUGGAGCGUGCGCAUUCACGAUAAGCGUGCCAAGGCCUUCCGCUUCACGACGGUGACGGACAUUGCGCUGCUCCGUGAGGUGAUCGACCACAAACCGUGGGCCUGUUCCCACGGCGAUAUGGCCAAGACGUGGGAAGUGGUGGCUACAGCCUUCAAGCGUAUUGUGCCGUGGUCAACGAACGAUGGGCGAGCCUGUAAGCGUCGCUACUUGGCUCUCAUGGAGGCGUACGGCUCAGAGAAGCUGCAAAAGCUGCGAGGCGCGGGCACACCUGCCAUGAACGCUGAGCGCGCCAAGCUACUCAUGCAAUGUCAAAUAAUGACGGAUGAAGAUCACCGAAAACGAAAGGCAGUUAAGGAGUCGGAGCGGCAACCUCCUGUGGCCCAGUUGGCUCUGGAAGAUGCAGCCAGACUGACCAGCAGCGGCAGGACGGACUUUAGUACCAUGGCCGACCAGGAAGCAGCGAUCAGAGCUGAGAAUACCAUUGCACCGACAGGACAAGCUUUGACUCAGCUGUUGAACGACCCGAGAGUGCUACUGCGUCAACGCGAGUUGGAGGUGGAAGAGAGACGGAUCAAGCUCGAAGAACGACGAGUCCAACUGGAGGAGCAACGGUUCGAGCAGCAACGACAGACGACCGAGAAGCAGAUGGAGAUGAUGGCUGCACAGACGAACGUGCUGCUCAAGCUAGCAGAUAAGUUUACGGGUCCUUCCGAGCUGUAA